UGUCAGUUUUGGAAAAUGGCCGCCACUUCAAAAAAGAGAGCUGCCACAUAGGAGUUAGCUCCAUGCCCCUUUACUGUCGGUGGCGAUCCAUAAGGGAUCGCGACCAACGUGCCCCUCGCCCCCUCGCUUCGGCUCCAAAGGCGCGUUUCCCCUUCCUGAAGGGCGGGAGGGGAGCCCGGCAGCCCAGGCGCCUCCUUCUCCGAAAUGCUCGCCGUUCUUGCAGCAGUCCCAGAGCAGGCUUGGGGACAGCCUCGGGAGCCACCGUAGUACCGAGGAUGGCCUCCACAGUUGUUGCUGCUGCUGCCGUCGCCGCCUCCUUCUCGCCCUCCUCGCCCUCCUCCGCUCGCGCUCCUGGCGCCCGUCGUUCGUCACCGGGAAAACGCAGCGAGGGCCGCCCGCUCCGCGCGCCAGCCGGAGGGCCCCCCUCCCGGGAGCAGCAGCAGCAGCGUGGCAGGCGGCUCGUGCACUAAAGCAGGUGCACGCUCAGCCUCCUCAUUGGCAGCAGCUGCGGCAGCCGGCGCCUCGCGGGUGUUUCUCUGCUCUUGCCUCCUUCUCCCUCGCUCCCCUCCUCCUCCCCCCCCCUGCAGACAGGUAGGAUGAGCGCGAGCAGCGGCGCGCGCCGUGUGUCUCUCUCUCCGUCCUCCUCCUCCGCUAGCAACUGAGGGGAGUGCGGACUCGGAGGCAGCAGCGGCGGCGGCGGCGGCGAAGGGUCGCGUGCUCUGCAGCGGUAGAGCUUGGCUAGGGGGGAAGGCAGCAAAGAGGCUCCCUCAUGCAGGCGGGCAGCUCUCAGACCGUUGCAAUCCCGAUGCCCUUUGCGGAUGAAAGAUGUAUCAUGGAAUGAACCCGAGCAGCGGGGAUCCGUUCCUAGAGAAGCGGCGGCGGCAGGAGCAGCAGCCACCGCCGCCGCCACCCCCUCCACCUCCACCGCCCCCGCUGCUUCAGCGCUCGCAGUCCAGACUCUCCCUGGUGGUCCUGUGGUUCCAGCUGGCUCUGUGCUUUGGCCCCGCGCAGAUCACAGGCGGUUUUGAUGAACUCCAUGCCUGUGCUGAUCCUGGAUUCCCUGAAUAUGGAUAUAAGAUGCCUGGCGCAGGUGUUUUCUUUGAAAGUUCAGUAGUCCGGUUCCAUUGCCAAGAAGGAUACAGGCUUAAGGGCCCAUCCAAAAAGCUUUGUGAGAGACAUUUCAACGGCUCCCUAAGCUGGAAGCCAAGCGAGAAACCCGUGUGCCUCCAAGAAGCCACAGAUUGCCUUGCACCUGUUGUUGAAGAUGCAGAGGUUCAUAACAAGACAUACGGGACUGGAGAUAAAUUAAUAAUCAGCUGUCAUGAAGGAUUCCAGAUCCGUUACCCUGAUUUAGACAACAUGGUUUCAGUGUGUCAAGACGAUGGAACGUGGGAUAAUCUGCCCAUUUGUCAAGGUUGCCUGAGGCCAUUGGUUCUUCCUCAUAGUUACAUUAACAUAUCUGAGUUCGAGGCCUCCUUCCCAGUAGGAACUAUGAUAUAUUUUCAGUGCUUUCCUGGAUAUAAACUAGAGGGGACAGAGUUCCUUGAGUGCAUGUAUAACCUUAUCUGGUCAGAUAGCCCACCUAGGUGCCUUGAUGUGGAAGUUUGUCCACUACCUCCUAUGGUGACUCAUGGAGAUUACAUUUGCCACCCGCGGCCUUGCGAGCAUUACAACCAUGGGACUGUGGUUGAGUUCUAUUGUGAUCCUGGCUACACUCUCACCAACGAUUACAAAUAUAUCACCUGCCAGUAUGGAGAAUGGUUUCCGUCAUAUCAAGUGUACUGUGUCAAAACAGAACAAACUUGGCCAAAUACACAGGAAACUCUCCUGACAACAUGGAAGAUUGUGGCAUUCACUGCUACCAGUGUUCUUCUGGUGCUUCUGUUAGUUAUCCUUGCCAGAAUGUUCCAGACCAAAUUUAAGGCACGCUUUCUUCCAAGAGGAUCUCAGGAGAAUUGCAGCAGUGGCCCCGACUUCGUGGUGGUGGACGGUGUUCCUGUGAUGCUACCUUCCUACGAUGAAGCUGUGAGCAGUGGAUUGAAUGCCUUGGCACCUGGAUGUGUGUCCCCUGCUGGCCAGGGGUAUGUUUUACAGGCUGAUGAUCAGAACCCUCCAGCUUAUCCGGGGCCAGAUGACUUGGGCAGGUUGCCAGCGGAAUUUGAUACCUGUGACAGCAUUUCAGGCUCUUCGGAACUUCUUCAAAGUUUGUACACAUCUUCUGUGUGUCAAGUGGGAGCACAUCCUAUCUCAGAGAGAACUGAUGCUAUCAAUAGCACCACCGGGGAAGUAGCAUCAACCAGCCCAAGCAUUGACAUUGCAGAUGAAAUUCCAUUGAUGGAUGAAGACCCUUAAUCUGCACAAAUCUUGAUCAUUACCUGCUCACACCUCUUGGGGGGGGAGGAGGGCGUAAAAGAAUCAUGCACAUAUGUAUACAAACACCUAUAUAUCUAUAUAAAUCUCUAUAUAAAGACUGAAUAAAUAUCGGGGGAGGGCAUUUUCGGUUUUUAUAAAUCUUCCACAUUAUGAUGUCACCAGAUUUUUUUUGUGCACAUAUCUUAAUCAACUUUGGGGGUUGAGAGCAUCAGCUAUUCAACGGCAGCUUUACAAAAAUGAAUCCUGAGGAUUUGAUGAGACUAGUCACUGCAAAAGAACUAUAGAUUUAUGGAAUAGUGAUGAGUGUAUCUGCAUCGCAGGAAGUCUUAACUGCUCUUUAGAAACACCAGUGAAAGUGGUUUGUGGCACAGGUACAAACUGCCUAAAGAAAGCAUGUCAGAUGAUGUAAAUUUUGCUUUAUUGAAGCUGCUAAAUAUUUAUGAUGGACCACAAUUUACAAAGGAAUCCUAAUUUAUGGGGUGCGGGGAAAUAAACAGUGUUGAAAUUAAAAUUGGGAAAAGGUCAUUCCUGAAUGGUCUGUUUUAACCAUGCUUGUAGAGAGAAACUCUUGUGGUGAUGUCACUUAAAGAGGCGGCUGCAGCAACAAAGCACCUGAGUUCAAGAAAGAACUUAUUCUGGGUAAACGUAUAAUAAAAGGAAAGAAGAGGCUUGA